AUGGCUAUCGGAGCCCUUGGCUACCCUACAGGCUACGACCAGCCUACGCAAAGCUCCGUGAGCAAGCAAAAGUUCAAGAACAGCCAGAGCCCUCAAGACGACGAUUUUGAAUCGCCUCCCAAGAAACCACCUACCAAGUCUGCUACACAAGCCCCCGAAAAGCCUCCCAGCAAAGCCGCCCAGAGUACAGCUAAGGACCUUGGUGAUCCGGACGAGUCUAGUGAACCAAGGAAGGCUGCGAGGAAGUCCAGAACGAAGAAUAACGACAAGAAGCUGUCUGAUGAGUCUAAGGGGAAGGAAAAGGAAAUAUUCAUAAAGAAGAAGAAGAAGAAGAGAAAGCCCAAGAAGAAAUCGGGUCAGCGGGACGCUCCAUCUGAUAGCGAUGAUGAAGAUGGCAAAUGGGGCGUUGGGCAAGUCAAAGGAGUCUUAACGACCUGGAAACUCUAG